AUGAAUGAGUACAGAAGAGAGAACAAUUCUUAUACAUUUUUUAUUUUCAGUGGAUUCCAGGGAGUAAAAGAGCAUAGACACUUUCUUUUUAUUCCUUUCUUUAUUUUAUUUGUGCUUAUAAUAUUCUGUAAUUCUGUAAUAAUUUACCUAAUAAAGUCUGCACCUAGUUUGCAUUCUCCUAUGUAUUUUUUAAUUGCUGCAAUAGCAGCUGUUGAUAUGACUGUACCUGUAACAUUUGUCCCAAAGAUGUUAUUCAAUUUUUUAUGUGACUGGAAUGAAAUUUCUCUUUUAGGUUGCUUGAUCCAAAUGUAUUUUGUGCAUUUUGUUGCUUCUUUUGAAUCAGCCAUUCUGCUGAUAAUGGCUAUAGAUCGCUAUGUUGCUAUAUGUAAUCCACUGCGAUACAAUGAUUAUAUAAAUAGUUCCAGCUUUUUAAUAGCAUUUAUUGCAGCUGUACUAAGAAGUUUCAUUCUCAUAUUCCUUAUCGUCCUCAUGGCUGGAUCUCUUUCAUAUUGUUUGUCAAAUGUAAUUGAGCACUGCUAUUGUGAGCACAUGGCACUUAUCAGCUUAGCUUGUGACAAUACAAGCAAAAAUAACAUAAUGGGAUUAGUUGCCAUGAGUUUGUUGAUUGGAUUUGACUUGCUUCUCAUUUUAAUUUCCUACAUUAAAAUUUUUUCUGUAGUAGUGAGGUCAGCUUGUGGUGUUCAACGCCAGAAAGCAAUUCACACAUGCAGUACUCAUUUGAUUGUAAUUUUAAUGACGUAUCUGUCGGCAUUCUGUUCAUUGAUUGCAUACAGAAUGAAACAUUCAAUUUCAUCCGAUGUUCAUGUCCUCAUAGGUGUUCUGUAUUUGCUUUUGCCAUGUUGUUGUAAUCCAAUUAUUUAUGGGCUUCGAACUAAAGAAAUUAGAGAUCAGAUUAUGAAAAAAAUCUCAAAUAUGGCCUCUUAA